CUACCUACCACCCUCCACCAUUACCUACCACCCUGGACCAGUAUCCGGCAACCCCACUUCAGUAACUGUCCGCUGCCCAUGAUGCAGUCAUCAUUCAGGCCGUCCACCACCACCACCACUCAGUGAUCAUCCAGGGCCCCCACCACCACCACUCAGUGAUCAUCCAGGCCGCCCACCACCACCACUCAGUGAUCAUCCAGGCCGCCCACCACCACCACUCAGUGAUCAUCCAGGCCGCCCACCACCACCACUCAGUGAUCAUCCAGGCCGCCCACCACCACCACUCAGUGAUCAUCCAGGCCGCCCACCACCACCACCACCACUCAGUGAUCAUCCAGGCCGCCCACCACCACCACCAUGGAGGUACUUUACCAGCGGAUACACCAGACUCUGGCUGCCCUCACACACACACCCAGAAAUGAAGAUAAAACAUCCCCUGACAGUAUUACACCUAGGACUCAGCCUAGAAAUUAUGAGGCAUUUUGUAGCCGUGUGGACUCCUUCCGGCCAGGACUAUGGAAUGUGUUUGAAGUGAGUCCUCUAGAGUGUGCCAGAUGGGGUUGGCAUAUAAUAGAAAAAGACAUUCUUCAGUGCAUCACUUGCCAAGAAGUUGUAUGUGCUGCCCUUCCUAAUCUGGUUGAUCGAGAUGCACAUGAAAAAUUUUUGACUCUGCUAAAAGACUGCCUUGUAAAUAGCCACAAGACAGCUUGCGGGUGGCGCCACAAUCCCAGCCCCAAGGAAUUAACCCAGCCACCUAGUGUUACUACUGUUGAACAACUACACAAUAUGACAAACUCUGCUCAUAGUUUGGCUGCUCUUGGCUCCUCCUUGCCACAGUUAGAUCAGCAUACACUGAUGAGUACAAUGAAAAUGGACAGCAACCUUAUUAACGGAAUGUUUACAUGCAGUAGUACAAAUGAAGAUGCCAAGACAUCAUCUGUUCUCCUGGUGCUCUCUGGAUGGUCUCGUGGUGAAGGAGCCUAUCUAAGGUGCAGAAUUUGCAGAAGGAUAGUGGGCUUAUGGAGUGUUGUUACCAGAGCUGAUGAGCUAACAGCUGGUGAAGCAGCAGCAUCAAGUGAGACUGAGCCUAUCUAGGAGAAACCUGCAUCUACACAACAGUGAAGAAGUAGCAGAAGAAAAUUAAAACAUUGUUAAGAAAACUACCAUUGAUAAUAAUGAUGAUGAUGACGAUAAUGAUAGACUUGACUCAAAGUGGAGUAAUUGUUUGAGAGGAAAGCGUAUUACUAUUGAACAGGGAAAUAAAGAAGGCUUCAGCAGACAGGAAGAGCUUGACGAUAAUAAUACAAGGAAAAAAAGACAGAGAAUGAGUGGAAAUGAUGGCAGUGACAUUAAUGAAGCAGUAGAAGGCAGUCAAGAGGAAUCUUCUCUAUUGAUUAUUGGAUCAUCACCAUCCUCACAAAUAAAAAAGCUUGAAGAGAAACGGUAUUUUCAUCCCCUGGAAGAACAUCGUCAUUGGUGUCCAUGGGUGAUCAAGAUUCAAUUAGAAAACACUGUCAUGAAACAAGGAUAUGAAAUGGUUAUUGAUCAAAUAAAAGAAUUGAUUUAUUUAUCAAAUAGAAAAGAUUUAAGCUCAUCGGAAAAAUACGCGAAGAACGUGGAGGGCCUGCGAUCAAUUCGCAGUAUGCUGCAUGAUUUAUCAGAAGCCUAGUGUUAAGUAAAACCACUUAUCUACAAACAAGUAUUGAUGCAAUAUUUUAUUUUAUUGGAGAUGUAUUUUUUUUUGUAUUGGAAUAGUUUUCAUACAAUAAAAAAUAAAAUAA